AUGAGCAAAAUCGUCGAGAAUCAACAGCAGGAAGCGAGCGAGAAUGGACAGUAUGAGCCUAAAGCCGACUCGGGCCUCUCCUAUUCUAUGAGGCGGCGAUUGGACGACAUUGUCGACCUCAGCCUUGCCAAUGUUCCACUCCUGGCCUGCUGUUUCAUCACCGGCCUGCUGGACACGACCAUGUUCCAAGCAUACGGCACCUUCGUCUCCAUGCAGACAGGCAACACAAUCUUCCUCGCCCUCGGCGCCUCCAACCAGAACAUCAAGCCCUACGACUGGGCCCGCUCGCUCGUCUCGAUAGGCUGCUUCGCCAUCGGCGCCGUCUUCUUCAGCCGCCUGCACAAGCACCUCGCGCCGCGGCCCACGCAGCGCGGCGUCCUCGCCCUGGGCUUCUUCAUCCAGGCGGCGUGCGUGUGCGCCUCGGCCGCGCUGGCCGAGGCAGGCGCCGUCAACCAGCGGCAGGUGGAAGGGGAGCACACCGACUGGCGCGAGAUCGCGCCCAUCGCCCUCCUGAGCUUCCAGGCCGCGGGCCAGAUCGUCGCCAGCCGCGUCCUGGGCGUGAACGAGAUCCCCACCGUCGUCAUCACCAGUCUCAUGUGCGACCUCAUGUCCGACCCGAGGCUCCUGGCGAGGCCUGUGUUUACGGGCAACCGCAAGAGGAACAACAGGGUCGGCGGGUUCGUGCUGACGCUGGUUGGGAGCAUCAUUGGGGGGUGGAUGCUGAAGGCCACCCGGCAGGUGCAGCCUGUCCUGUGGCUUGUCUUUGCGAUCAAGUUUGUCAUCAGCAUUGGGUGGGUCGUUUGGAAGGGACAGGACCCUAAGGGAGAGGAUGUUUGA